CCCUUUUUAACCCCUCCCUCAUCUACUUUCUUCUCCUUUUUUCUUUUCCUUCCAGAUACCAACACACCUCUCUUUCACAAUGGGUUUCACCGACUUUGUCUCUGAUGCCGGCCUGACUCUGGCCAACCACUUCCUGUCCACUCGGUCCUACGUUGUUGGCAACUCGCCCAGCCAGGCCGAUGUCGUGACCUUCAAGGCCGUCAGCGCCGCCCCUGACGCUGCCAAGUACCCCCACGUUGCCCGCUGGUACAAGCACAUCGCCUCUUACGAGAGCGAAUUCUCCACCCUCCCCGGUGACUCCUCCGCAGCUUUCACUGCCUACGGUCCCGAGACCACCGAGCUUCCUUCCAACCCCAAGGAUAAGCCCGAGGAGGAGGAUGAUGAUGAGGACCUCUUCGGCUCCGACUCUGAGGAGGAGGACCCCGAGGUCGUUGCUGAGCGCAACAAGCGUCUCGAGGAAUACAAGGCCAAGAAGGCCGGCAAGACCAAGCCCGCCGCCAAGUCUAUCGUCACCAUGGAGGUCAAGCCUUGGGAUGAUGAGACUAACCUUGAGGAGCUCGAGGCCAACGUCCGUGCCGUUGAGUGGGAUGGCCUCGUCUGGGGUGCCUCCAAGUGGGUUCCCGUCGGCUUCGGUAUUAAGAAGCUCCAGAUCAACCUUGUCGUUGAGGACGACAAGGUCUCCACCGAUGAGCUCCAGCAGACGAUCGAGGAGGAUGAGGACCACGUCCAGUCCACUGACAUCGCUGCCAUGCAGAAGCUGUAAAUUUGCGAUGCCCAUUUAUGAAGCAGGAAUUGUGUGAUGGAAAUGCGUGAUGUCAAAGGAAUCCUUUACGAACCUAGUCCAACUAGAAAGCUGGUCCAGUUGUGACCGGUCAUUGAUGAAAAAUUAAAAAAAAUUCAUGACCAUUAUAUACCCCCUGUAAA